AUGGUGAAAAUCAGAGGUGGAACAACAAUAGCAAUCAGCAGAACCGGUCUCAACAAAACCAAAGCCAACCUUACCGAGCACCUUAUCAAAGUUGAUCCAGCAAUGGUAGAUGUCAUUUCUGGUUUACCUUACCCCUCCUCCGUGAGGGAAGUCCGUUCAUUUCUGGGUCAUGUAGGUUUUUACCUGCGCUUUAUCAAGGACUUCAGUAAGGUAGCACUGCCUUUAUCUCGACUGCUGCAGAAGGAUGUUGAGUUUGAGCUAAGUGCACACUGCGUGAAAGCGUUUGAUAAGCUGAAGAUUGCCUUGACCCAAGCCCCUAUUGUGAGAGGCCCCGACUGGCGUCAACCGUUUGAGAUAAUGUGUGACACCUCCAAUUACGCAGUAGGAGUGACGCUGGCUUAG